AAAAUAUCUGAGAAUGUUUGUGCGAUUUCGUCUGCUAGGACAAAUAUUCCACCAAGAUCUGAUUUUAUAUCAGAACGUAAGCCCAUAAGUCAUCAUGGAGCGGGUAUCGUUUGUAAACAAAAUCAGCAAUGUGAUGAAAGCAACAGCGGAUGAUGAAUCUCCAAUACCAGGCUAUUUAUAUCCAGAAAUUUCCAAGAUAACUUUAGAAUCAGAUGGAAGUUGUGAAAGCCUUUUAGAAUUUCUGGUUGACAGGUUAGACAGAAACUCGUGCCAUGUGAAGGUAAAGGUCUUGAAAUUGAUGAAGUAUGUGGUAGAAAAUGGUAAUCCUAACUUUGCCAUGGGAUUACGGAAAAAAUCCAGAGGUCUAAAGGAAGCUACAUCUUUUGGUGGUCCCCCAGACCCUCUACAUGGGAACAUUCCAUAUUUAUUGGUCAGAAAGGCAGCAAAGGAGUUGUCAGAGCUUGUGUUUGACACAGAAACUGUUAAAACUUUACCCCAGAGUCCGCAGAAUCCAGUCCUCAAAAGUAAAGGAGGAAUGGGCAGAUCUUCCCGCAACCAGGGCAUGGAAGGCUUUGGAAAUACACCUAAACAACGGGAAAAAACUUUAGGAAGUACUAUACUGACUGGGUUAAACAAACUGGUGGAGAAUGUUACAGACUCUGGUAGUCCAGGACUAACAAUGUCUCCUAUAAAAACAUCUUGUGGUGAUUAUACACCAGUUCAGAUACAGCCCACAGUGGAGUCUGAGAGAUUACAGACUACCUCACCCCCAGUCAAUACAAGGCCAGCUCCCAGAAAACACAUCCCUGGUCGCGCUGGUGGCGGGUGGGAAGAUGAUCUUGACACAGAGGUUAGACUGUCAUCAGGCAGUAGAAGUGAUGGCAGUCAGGGUCAGUCAGACAGGUAUGAAUCCAGCUCAUCCACAGAGGACUGGAGCAAUGAAGAGAGCUUGGUGAUGGAGGUGACAGAUAAAACAGAACCCUGUCUCUUGACCAGAACACAGAUCUGUCACUUCCUAAAGAAGUGUCCCAGUGUGAACUGUGAGAAAACAGUGGAGAUCCUCAAUAGGUGUCUGUUGGGAACGGAGGACCACAUUGUCAUCAAAUGUCUGCAGUUGAUAGAGGGUCUGCUGAGAUGUGAUCUGGUCAACCUGGAGUUUAUAGCUGCCACAUGUCGCUCUAACCUCAUCUCUGUCUAUCACAGGGAUAAUUCACAGAUCAGGGCUAAGGCUAAGAAGAUAAUACGGAUAUUGGAGAAGCUGACCUCCCACAAUAACAUUUUACCAAUUCCUUGUGACAAGCCAAGCUCAUGUAAACCUGAGUCCACAGAAAACAGAGUGGAUGUGAGAGCCCCCUGUCAAUCAGAUGCUCAGCUGAACUUAUCAGAGGUCUCACAAAGCCCUGGAACCAGCACAACUAACAGUGUUGAUAAAGUCAAGUGUGAAAAUAUCUUAGAAUGUACAGAAAACAGUCAGCAGUCUAGUCCCCAAGCCUCUGCAUAUUUUCCAGCAUUUUUUGAUUCCACAACUGACAUGACUGAGGAUAGCGCCAUCCUCAAGUUAAAUCAGCCAAGGGAGAAUACUCCUGAUGGCAUUCCAGACCGGAUAGGCACUGAUCUACUUUCACAAGACGGAGCAGGCUCAUUAUGAUAUAGAAUGUUCUAGAGAAAUCAUUGCUAUGUGCUAUUUGUGUUUGUGAAUCUAGUCAUUUGAUACACAGUAGCCAGAUACAGUGGGACUCUAUGUUGUUUCUAAAGAAAUCAACCAGUGUACCAGCAUUACAUAGAGAACUUCUUGAUGAAAUUUAAGGAGGUAGACAUGAACAUCUGUCUCAUGUCAGUGUUACCUUACCAUGAAUCAUGAAUAAUAAUCUGCCAAAUUGGAUAAUCCGUCUGAGGAGGCUGAUUAAAAUUGAUGACUGAAGGAUGAUGUGCUAAUGAACUGUUACCAUAUAAAAAGAAAUGAUUCUGCUUAACAAGCUUGAUUUCUUAACUAAUUGACAAUUGAAUGUUAUUAUAUUUGUCACAAUUCGUCACCCAACAGAACAAAAGAGUUCAGAUCUAGAAAGUUUUCAGCAACAGCUUUGACAAAUCAUCAUGAAAAUCAGAUCACAAGUUGUAAAUCAGUCAGUCUUGUUUUAUAUGAACAGUGUAAGAAUUGAUUCUUAUUGUCUCAUACUAUCACUUAAUAGCAAUAAAGAUCAUAGGGCAAUAUCGAUAUGACUGUACGGAUAUAGAAUAGUAUAAUACUAUGAGGCCAUGUUAAAAGCAGUAGUUACUCUGCAUAAAAAAUAUUUUAUACUAGGUGACAUAUAUUGUCAGUAGUCACUGCCAUUUACAUUACAUAUGGGUCAGCUUUCGGUUACAGUUUCUGUUCAGAAUGGGCCCCAUGGGUACUGGCCAUCUUCAUGCUUGUGUGAAAUUUUGUACCUGGACUCAUGUUGCCUAUUAACAUAUAAUUUCAGAUUGGUAUUUAUGGCACAAAUAUGUGUGUAUAAGACUGAACAAAUUCUCUUCUAAAUAUUAUCAUGUUUAU